CGUCAAUUCGUUGCCUGCUGAGUAAAGGCACACAAGGUCGUCUAACUGCAGUUCGCCGCAAACAUGAUGUCCCUUGCUGCCCGGUCGGGGGCAUUUUCCCCUUACAUGCAGGCUACAGCGUUUGCGGUCGCCGGCCCCCUGAAAGCCCUGGUACCUGGAGUUGUUGUAAAGGGAGACAAGAUUUUGUUGAACCCGAAAAAACUGUUCCUGUGCCGCGAAUCGCUGAACGGUCAAAGCCCAAAGACAGGGCCUGCUGUGACAGUUAGCAUCAAUGGCUGUGCAGGAGUCCGAUUUGCCCACACAGACGUCAGGGUACCAGACUUCUCCGACUACAGGCGCCCAGAGGUGCUCGACCCCAACAAGUCCUCCCAGGAGAGCAGUGAAUCCAGAAGAGCCUUCUCGUACCUGGUCACCGGCGCCUCAACCGUGGUGGGCGUCUACGCCGCCAAGACGGUGGUCACUCAGUUUGUUUCUUCCAUGAGCGCCUCGGCCGACGUCUUGGCCCUGUCUCAGAUCGAAAUCAAGCUGAGUGACAUCCCGGAGGGCAAGAACAUGACUUUCAAGUGGAGAGGCAAACCGCUGUUCGUCCGUCACCGCACAGAGAAGGAGAUCGCCACAGAGGCCGCUGUGAACAUGGCAGAGCUGCGAGACCCUCAGCACGACAAGGACCGCGUCAUCAACCCCAGCUGGGUCAUCGUCCUCGGGGUGUGCACACAUCUGGGCUGUGUGCCCAUCGCCAACGCUGGUGACUUUGGAGGUUAUUACUGCCCUUGCCACGGCUCGCACUACGACGCCUCAGGCCGCAUCAGGAAAGGCCCCGCCCCCCUCAACCUGGAGGUUCCCUAUUAUGAGUUUCCGGACGACAACACCGUGGUUGUUGGAUAAGUAACACUCCUCAGACUGAGCUCUCGCUGUACAACACCAUGUCGGAUACCAGUAUGAUAAAGCUGUACUCAAUGCAGCGAGGACAUGCUCAUGUGUAAUAAUGCUGUGUUCAGGUGUCAUUGGUUCUGCCAGCUGGGGGAAAACUGUUCACAUCAAUUACAACUGUUUCUGGUUCUCGUUCCUUCUCUGCAGAAUCUCUCACUCAGUGUCACACUUGUCCCAAACAUGACAGCACAUCUACCAAUGUUGGCAGUCCUCUCUACCUGUUAUAUUAAAUGUAAUGCAAUCACAUACUAUUUACAUAAUGAAAGCAAGCGGGAGCUGCAGUGUUUCCUUUAACCUCUGUUUUUAAAUGCAAAUCAUUAAUAAUAUGGUGUCUCAGUUAAAUAGGUGAACACUGGGAAGAACAUGACAUAAAACACCUGCUUAUCUUAAGUUAUAGUCCAUCUCAUUAGCAAAGAACAAAUGUUGUGUUCAGGUCUGGUUAAUAAAGAUUUCUAUUGUAUUUGACAACAUGGACAAAGUGUUUUAGCCUUUCUUUGCUUAAAGUACUGACUGAUUGUUUAAGGUAGUUAAAUAGUAGUUAUAGCUGUUCAUAGCAGGACUCAGUCAUGUAGUUGUGAUCUGGGAUUGAGCACAUGAACUGAUUCCAGUGCUGAGGAGGUAGAGGUGUAUCUGAGUCAAAGAGGAUGUAGAAAGCAUUGAGUUCAGGCGUUGUAUGAGCUUUAACUUGCAGGAUGUCUUGAUUAAUACAUGCAGGUUUGGUAGCUGCAAAGAGUGAGAAUGGAGACAAGAAUGAUCUCACCACAAAUACAGCAUGUCAAGUGUACAUUUGUUCUCAUUACCUGCAUUGCAUUGACAAAGCUGGGUAAAAAUAAAGUGCACCCUUAUUGUAUGAUGAA